GAACAGCCUCGGCGCGCUUCAUGGACUAAUUCUGACCGGAAGUGAGUGACUGGUCCAAAGGUUCUUUUGCGGUAAACUUCCGGCCCAAACGGACAAGACCUGAACAGAGCUGCAUCCAUGACUUUACACACUUGGCUGCUGUCCGGGUUUGGAUUCAUUUUGACGUCCGCGCUCUUCACUGUACAGGUCCAUGGACUGCAGUGCUAUGGCUGUAACGUCAUCCAUGGGCAGAAGUAUGUGGACGUUGGUUGCUCCAAACCUGAGAUCAUCACCUGUACUCAUUCUCACAAAGGCUUUAAGCACCGCUUCUGCAUCAAAACAGAGAGCAUGGCACUGGGUAUCGUCCUGACCAGUGGCUGCGCCACGUCCCGCCACUGUCAGCAACAGGAGCUUCCCGGAGUGAACAUCCACUGCUGUGAUACAGACUUAUGUAACAGUGCUCCCUGCUGGCAUCCAGGAGCCCUGUAUUACAUCUGCAUGCUGGUUGGCCUGAUGGUGAUGCAUCUGUGAAGGAAGGCAACUCCUGAGAAACAGUUUCUGUGGAAAUGUUCGAAAAUUAUGUUUUGUCCUUCUUUACGUUUUCAUAUGCUUUUUUCAUUAUAUGUGGCAUAUUACAUUCCUCUUGCCAGUCAAGGACUUGAACUGAAGGAUGGCCAAAGGGACUGUGAUGAGGGUUCGUAUCUGCUAGGUACUUGUCAUCAAUAAAAAUAAAUAAAUAAAAUUAAAAAAAUAAUAAUAAUAAUUUUCAUAAAGUGAUGAGUCACCAUGUCUUGAAAUGUA